UCAUGGGAGGUAUCAACAUCCAAGGUCCGAGACUACACCUUCUCGUUGCAGCAGUCGGUGCCCUUGCAUUCUUAUUACAGGGAUAUGAUCAAGCUGUGAUCAACGGUUUACUAGGUCUGCUAACAUGGGAAAAGACCUUUCCCCAAAUCAAUACCUCAGACAACAAGUCACAUGAACGAUCACUUGUCCAGGGCACAGCUGUUGCAAUUUAUGAAGUGGGCUGUGCCAUAGGAGCUCUGUCAUGUUUCAUCAUCGGCGACAUCCUAGGCAGAAGGAAGACUAUCUUUGGCGCAUCAUGCUUAGUAUUGGUCGGUGUCACGAUUCAGGCUUCAUCCUUCAGCUUGGGACAGCUCAUUGCGGCACGUAUCAUCACUGGUCUUGGGGUGGGUGCUUUUACAGCAACUGUUCCAAUGUGGGUCACCGAAUGCUCGAACGCUCAUGAUAGAGGCAAGAUGGUCAUGCUCGAAGGCAUGUUCGCCAUUGGUGGUGUCGCAUUCGCAGUCUGGUUGGACUUCGGCUUCUUCUUUCUCAANAACAAUUCUGCCAAUUGGAGAUUCCCAAUUGCUUUCCAGGCGGUUUUUGCGAUUGGCAUCGCUUCGUUGAUAUUCAUGCUACCAGCUGGACUCAAGUCAUUAUCUCGGCUCCACGGCCUGCCGGAGGACUCAAUACUACUUCGACAAGAAGUUGAAGUAAUCAGGGAUGCCAUCUCACAGGAGAAUGUCGGAGCUUCUGGCAAUCCNUUUGCGCGAACACACAAUCGCCAUCUGAACCGUACUUUGAUCGCGAUCGGUGUCAAUAUGCUCGCUCAGAUGACGGGUGUCAAUAUCAUCACUUUCUACUCCAACGAAAUCUUUACGCAGAUCUUAGGCUACGAUGGUACAACAUCACGCAUCAUCUCGGGAUGUCUGCAAAUCUGGCAAUUCUGUAUGGCGACUUUAGCCGUCUUCCUGGUUGACAGGCUUGGACGUCGAAAGUUGCUACUGAUUGGAACUGCUGGCAUGACAAUCGCUCAAGCUGGUCAGGCGGCGCUCAUAAAGUACUCACAUGUCAGCAAAAGCGUUGCGGGCGCCACGCUGUUGUUCGAUUUCCUGGCUCUUGCUUUCUUCCCUAUUGGAUUGUUCUUGAUCCCAUUCAUGUAUUCUGCAGAGAUUGCGCCUCUCAGGAUUCGACACAAGAUCACAGCUAUGUCGGCUGCAACAAACUGGCUCUUCAAUUUCUUGAUUGCAGAAGUCACACCCAUCGGAUUCAGGACUAUCGGCUGGAAANNUGUAAACUAUCUCUGUUACGUGUGCACGAGUGCUACAGCAUUCAUGUUUGUCUAUUUCCUGUGCCCUGAGACUCGCUCCCGCGGACUUGAAGAUAUCGAUCAGUUCUUCGUAAGAUCUGAUAAUGCUCUCCAGGUUGUUAAAGUUGCAAGGGACCUUCCAUGGGAUGCUGGAAUGUCGACUGUGAUUGAGGAGAAGGUCAAUAAGGCUGAGCACCUUGAGGAGGCUGGCAGCAUG